CCAUCGGUUGCUUUAAGGUUGCUGUAAGUCAGAAAGGACUUGAAGGCAACAACAACAACGUCCAGCAAGAUUCAGCAUACAAUUUCCCUGGACUGGAGAGGUUAGGCCUCUGAAAUUUUUGAAGCUAUGGAAAAGGUAAACAAUGUUAUUAGCUCAGAUCAAUCGAGACUCUCAGGGAAUGACAGAGUUUUCUGGAGGGGGAAUGGAGGCCCAGCAUGUAACUCUCUGUUUGACAGAAGCGGUAGCUGUUCAAGAUGGGGACAACUUAGACAACAUGGAAGGAGUAAGCUUACAAGCAGUUACACUGUCUGAUGGUUCCACUGCCUACAUACAACAUAAUUCUAAAGAUGGCAAAUUAAUGGAUGGCCAGGUGAUUCAGCUAGAAGAUGGCUCAGCUGCCUAUGUUCAACAUGUUCCCAUGUCUAAAAGUAGAGACAGUCUUCGUUUAGAAGAUGGACAGGCAGUUCAGCUUGAAGAUGGAACAACAGCCUUCAUCCAUCACACUUCAAAAGACAGUUACGACCAGAGUGCCCUACAAGCAGUACAGCUGGAGGAUGGGACCACUGCUUACAUUCACCAUACAGUGCAGAUGCCACAAUCAGAUACCAUCUUAGCUAUUCAGGCUGAUGGCACAGUGGCUGGUCUACACACAGGAGAUGCUACCAUUGAUCCAGAUACUAUCAGUGCUUUGGAACAAUAUGCAGCUAAGGUGUCAAUUGAUGGAAGUGACAAUGUUAGCAGCACUGGGAUGCUAGGUGACAAUGAACAAGAUAAAAAAAUGCAGAUUGUUUUACAAAGCCAUAGUACAAGAGUGACCACAAAACAAUCAACUGGAGACAAAUCUUUCCGGUGUGAUUAUGAUGGCUGUGGGAAACUGUAUACUACUGCUCAUCAUCUCAAGGUACAUGAAAGGUCACACACAGGGGAUCGGCCAUAUCAGUGUGAACAUCCAGGUUGUGGAAAAGCAUUUGCCACAGGUUAUGGACUAAAAAGCCAUGUCCGAACCCACACUGGAGAGAAGCCAUAUCGAUGUUCAGAAGAAAACUGCACAAAGUCCUUCAAGACUUCAGGAGACCUACAGAAACACAUCAGAACACACACAGGUGAAAGGCCCUUCAAAUGCCCCUUUGAAGGAUGUGGUAGGUCAUUUACAACAUCUAACAUCAGAAAGGUUCACAUCAGGACACAUACAGGGGAAAGACCAUAUUAUUGUACAGAGCCAGGAUGUGGGAGAGCAUUUGCGAGUGCAACUAAUUACAAGAAUCAUGUGAGAAUACAUACAGGAGAGAAGCCUUAUGUAUGUACUGUCCCCGGCUGUGAUAAGCGAUUUACAGAAUAUUCCAGUUUAUACAAACAUCAUGUUGUACACACACAUUCCAAACCUUAUAAUUGUAAUCACUGUGGAAAAACAUACAAACAGAUUUCUACCCUUGCAAUGCACAAGCGGACAGCACACAAUGACACUGAGCCAAUAGAGGAAGAGCCAGAAACAUUUUUUGAGCCACCUCCAGGUCAAGGUGAUGAUGUUCUCAAAGGACCUCAGAUAACUUAUGUAACAGGUGUUGAGGGAGAGGAUGUCGUUUCUGCACAGGUUGCUACAGUGACACAGACAGGACUAAGCCAGCAAGUGGCACUUAUCUCCCAAGAUGGAACCCAACAUGUUAACAUAUCCCAAGCUGACAUGCAGGCCCUUGGAAAUACUAUCACCAUGGUAACACAAGAUGGCACCACUAUCACAGUCCCUGCCCAUGAUGCAGUUAUGUCUUCUGCUGGAACACAUUCUGUUGCAAUGGUCACGGCAGAAGGCACUGAAGGACAGCAGGUUGCCAUUGUGGCUCAAGAUCUCGCAGCAUUCCAUACUGCUUCACCAGAAAUUGGACAUCAGCAACACGGACAUCACCUAGUCUCUGCAGAGUCUAGGCCUAUUACAUUGCUAGCAACAUCCAAUGGAACACAAAUUGCAGUACAGCUUGGAGAACAGCAGUCUUUGGAAGAAGCCAUUAGAAUAGCGUCCAGAAUACAACAGGGGGAAACACCUGGAAUUGAUGAUUAACUCCUGACAUGGCUAAAGGAACAAUAGAAAUAAUUAUAUCUUGCUUUCAGUCAACAAUUGCCAGAUGAAAUCCAUGCAAAAUUUGAUGUGUUCUUGCUCUCUAAUACCCUUCUCACCAGAGUGAAGAACAUUUCGUGUGUAUACUUUUUAUGUACAUGAACCUUGGGGAAUAGAUGAUUUUCAUCUAUUAAGACUUAUUCUCUGCCCAGGACUAUGGAAUUAGGAUUUUAUAUUAAAUUUUCUUGCUUAUACUUACAUCAUAUUCCAAAUCAGACUACAGACAAGCAAAGGGUACCAUAGAAAUACUGGGAUGAGUUUUAAAGUCACACAAAAACAAUGAAGGAAUUACUGAAUAUUUCAGAUAUCUAAACCACAAUAACGAUAAUCAUUUCAAAAAUCCUUUGCAGGCUGAACAAUUUUAAUUGUUUCUCAUAUAAAGUUCUGAAUUUUUAAACCUUUGUAAAUAUUACAUUUGAAAUUGUGUUUCAUGCACAAGUUGGAGAUUCAUCUUCUUUAGCUUUUCCCUCCUUCCUCUUUGACUGUAAAUACAGACUGUUCAUGCUGGAAGUCUAACGAUAUUAUCUCAAUUGGAUUAUGUACAAAAGCAAAGCUUUGUUUGUUCAAUAUUAAAGAAAGUAAAUCUGA